AUGACGCCUGCAACCCACCUACAACCUAUCACAUCCCUUGUCGUCGAUCCAACGAAUAACUUCAUUCUCUCUGGUUCGGAGGACUCCAGCGUGCAUGUCUGGUCUCUUCCAGAUCUCAUCACCUUCUCCAAGCAGUCAUCAGCCGAUAAAAGCCUGUCAGCAAUAUAUUCUUGUUCUCCAAUAAGAACCAUCUCCAACCACACAUCCGCAGUUACUAGCAUUGCAGUGGGACACAGCAUAAACCGAUCAAAUAUUGCCAUAACUACUUCUCAGGAUGGAACGGCACUUGUUUGGGAAUACCGAACUGGGAAAAUCCUACACACCUACCUACUUCCCUCGCGGCCUCUGUGUAUCACAGUCGACCCUGCGGAUCGCGCGUUCUAUGUUGGCUACGAGGAUGGCAGUGUGCAGUUGGUCGAUUUUUUCAAAACUCCAUCCGUACAACACAUUCUCCACGACACAGACCACCAGAGCACACCUACACAACUAUCAGCUAGCGAUAAAUGGCUCCCUCCAUCCUCUGAGUUGGGCGCCACCCUUUGCUUGUCCCUGUCGUACGAUGGAACAAGCAUUUUGACGGGUCACAGGAGCGGCGCCGUCGCAUCCUGGGAUGUCGGCCGAGCGAGAUAUGCAGCGUCAAUCGCAAGCCUAAACUCCCCUGUCACUAACCUACACAUGCUUAUGCCCGAAGGCUUAGCCCAGAAAGUAAGCAGAGUCGCCAUCCAUCAAAUAGUUAAACCACGAUUAGACCACACCAUGGGGGGUGGGCAGGCAUCAGAUGCAGUGCCCGCGACAUACCACGUCAAUGUGCAUUUGAAUGGACCACAGUCCACCGAUCCUAGUAUUCCUUCAUCUGUACUUGAUGAGUUUUCAGCUGCCUUGUCCCACCCAAUCUUUCCCGGGUCAUUGAUAUCCGAGAGUCUGAUCGAGCUCAAUUCACCUUCCGAAAAUACCCCUACCAAUAACAUCGCCGCCCCAGUUACUCCUACAGAAGCUUCUAUAUGGCCAGCCAAGAAGAAAGAUCGAAAGGCACUCGAAACAGAAAUUACAUCCCUAAAAAGACAGAUUUCUGUUCACAAGGCUACCCACCAGGCAGAUCUGGAUGAGAUUAUCGCGUUGCGCAAAGAUGUUCGCUAUUUAUCAGAUAUGAGUAUCGAGUUGCUUGAAGAGCAGCAGAUAGCACUGGAUAAGGAAGCUAAAGAGCGAUCUCUAAAAAAAGUCAGUGACUCGGCAGGACGAAAAUUAUGGUUUAGUUCAGAAAAGGAUGGAACGAAUGGUGAUCAUUACAGAAUAAAGCGAGUUUAUGGGAACUCAGCAUAUGAUGAUGAAGAUGACGAUGAGGACUUGGAUGAUGAGGACCUGGAUGAUGAGGAUGAAGAGAUGGAUGGCUAA